AUGACCAGGCGUCAGGGUCCGGCCGUGAGGCUGAUGGACCCUGUCGCUCGGGGACGCAUUGUUGGAGGCCUGACCAUGAAACCCCAGCAGGAAAAUAAGCCAGGCGCCGCUGGCGGCCUGCACUCUGCGACGGUGGCCCUGCCCGGCCAGGCUGCCGAGACCCGGCGAGGUGCCCUGGCCGGACACCCGCGGCGAGGAAACGCCAGUGCAGUAACCAGCCCUGGGCCGGUGACCGUGCUCCCUGAUGUGGUCACCUCGAACUGCAACGGGUCCUUCGAGGACAGCAGAGUGUUCCUGGUGGUGGUGUACAGCGCGGUGUUCGUGCUGGGGCUGCCGGCCAACUGCCUGACGGCCUGGCUCACGCUGCUGCAGGUGCUCCAGGGCAACGUGCUGGCCGUCUACCUGUUCUGCCUGGCGCUCUGCGAGCUGCUCUACAUCAGCACCCUGCCCCUCUGGGCUGUUUACAUCCAGAACCAGCACUACUGGACUCUGGGCGUCUGGGCCUGCAGGGUGACGGGCUACAUCUUUUUCUGCAAUCUGUACGUGAGCAUUCUCUUCUUGUGCUGCAUUUCCUGCGACCGCUUCACGGCGGUGGUGUACGCCCUGGAGAGCCGCGGCCGCCGCCACCAGCGGACCGCCGCCCUCAUCUCCGUGUCCGUCUUUACUGUCGUCGGGCUCGCUCACUGCCCGGUGUUUAAAAUGGACGAGAAGGAGACGUGCUUCGAGGCGUCGAUGGACACCAAGAUCGCUGGGUACUACUACUUGCGCUUCACCAUGGGGUUCGCCAUCCCCCUGCUCAUCAUCGCGUUCACCAACCAGCGCAUCUUCAGGAGCAUCAAGCUGAGCACGGCCCUGAGCGACGCCCAGAAGGCCAAGGUGAAGCACUCGGCCAUAGCGGUCGUGACCAUCUUCUUGGUCUGCUUCGCCCCCUACCACCUGGUGCUCCUCACUAAAGCCGUGGCCUAUUCCUACUACAAGGGAGACCCGGGCGUCAUGCAUGCCUUUGAAGCCAGCCUGUGCAAGCUCUCCGCGGUGUUCCUGUGCCUGUCCACGGUGAACAGCGUGGCCGACCCCAUCAUCUACGUGCUGGCCACGGACCAUUCACGGCAAGAGGUGUCCAGAAUCCACAAGGAAUGGAAAAAGUACUCUGCAAAAGCAGAAGUCACCAAGCUCACAUGUUCGAAGGACUCAGAGGAGGUGCCGCUGCCCACGUCGCUCACAAACGACUCCACAUUCCCCAGGACUGUCCACCCAUCAGAGUCGGAGCCGGCCCUUCGGGGCUUACUGGACACUCUGGAGAGGCUGAAUGAACAGUCACGCUGA